CGCACUCAGCAGCACCAUCGCGGCAAAAGAAACGUGCUUAACCCGAGAAAAACAACGUGAAGACCGAGAAUGCCGCUCCGAAGCCUGAUAAAAGAUUGGAUAAAGAAACGACUCGCUAAAUGAUCCUGAAUGUUACCGCGUGGUUUUCUCGUAUAUGAAACUCAGAUGCUGUCGUCGCCCGUUGUGCGCUUUUUUAUUCUUUCUCCUUGAGCGCUGUUCGUACAAAGGCUCUGGGGUCUGAAGCAGUAGCCCCCGGGAUUAAUGCAUUGUGAAUGGGCAAAAGUGAAAGCCAAAACGCGGGUAUCUGGGCACAAACAGUGAGUGAGUAAAACAACGGGAUUCAAUUUGCACUUGUUUUUUUCUCACUGGUCCGGCUCCCACACCAUAGGAUUAUUUAUUGGUCAUACUUGAUUUUUUUACGGAAUAAUGCUUGAAAAGGACGAUCAACAUUCUCAUAUAUUUUACCCUUUUGGGCCGCCUGCAGUCCCAGCUAUUUAUCUGACUGAACAGCAGCUGGUUUCUCUGGAGGAGAAUGGGAUGUAUUGUUGCGACUGCGCAAACGGCAAGUGUGAGCAAUUAGGCUCUAUAUUUGUAAAAAGGUUACUUAAAGGACUCUUAUAAGCACGGCUUGUGUACCGGAGCUAUAGCUGCACAUUGUUGGUUGUGCGGUUACUGGACUCCAAAAGGGACAAACUGUGCGCCUUUGGCACCAUCCCCUCUGAGCGAACCAAGGUCGGUCACUGGAAAAAGAUUUGGCACAACAUGGUGGAGCCGGUGGGUUUCAUUGAAGCGUGGAAGGCGCAGUUCCCUGAGUCAGAGCCCCCCAAGAUGGAGUUGAGGUCUGUUGGUGGCAUUGAGCAGGAGCUGGAGAGGUGUAAAGCAUCUAUUCGGAGACUAGAGCAAGAGGUGAAUAAGGAGCGCUUCCGCAUGAUCUACCUGCAGACUCUUCUAGCAAAGGAACGAAAGAGUUAUGACAAGCAGCGCUGGGGCUUUAGGAAGACCCCUGUGGGUGAGGGCAUGGACGCAGCUUCUAACCAGGGAGCAGAAUGCCAGUCCCAGCAGCCACAUGUGCAGGAGACUGGGGUAGUGGGGAUGGGUGUAGGAGGAGGGGGCUACAGCACUCUGGGACCAAUGGAGAGGAGCCGUUUUCAGCCUGUAGGUGAUGGAACUGGCAGGACCAAACCUCGGCCCCCACCAGCGAGAAAAUCAGCAUCCCACGGAGACGGACUAGAGUCUGCUUUUGACGUGCCCACACAGGUUGAAUCCACCUCUUGUGACAACCUAGAUGGGCUUUCUCCAUCCAAACAGAGAGGUGGCAUCACUGUAUCCCCAAGAAGACCAGUGCUCCCACCUCCUGAUAAGGAACUACCCACCGACCCAAAGGACAAGAUGGGCAUGGGGAUGGGAGUAGCAGCACUUCGAUCCAAUUUUGAGCGGAUCAAACGGGCCAAUUCUCAUUCUGCCGGUGAUGUAGCAAAAAUUCAGGAUAAACCACCUCCGCCUCCUCCUCCAUUUUAUUCCAACCUCGAAUUCCAUCAUGACAGGGGUUUGGUGAGGGUCAAUGAGCGCGAGGUGUCCGACAAGAUAAGCUCAUUGGGCACCCAGGCACUGCAGAUGGAGCGGAAAAGGUCCUUACACUCCCUCCCAGGUAACUUAGCAACUGCUGCCGGAGAUCUUCGUCCCAGACCGGUUUACAGGGGGCGAUCCACAGAGAGCACCUGUGGAUAUGACGCAGAGGGUGAGGAUGGAGAGCCUACACCAAGACAUUUAGGAAGAGCCAAUGGGGGUAAACCUCCACCCCCUCCCUGGCAACCCUCAGAUUUCCAGGCCUACUCUAGUGUGUAUGUUGGCGGGGUCAUGAUGGGUGAAGGAGGCAGUGAUGGCAGAGGUGGCAGUGGGAGUGGGGUGUCUAUGAGGGACCAAAGUACUCAAGAUGACCACCUGCUCACCUGGCCGCGGCGAUCCUACUCCCCCGGAAGCUUUGAGGACGUGGGGGGAGGUGGGGGCUACACUCCCGACUGCAGCUCCAACGAGAACCUAACAUCCAGUGAGGAAGACUUCUCCUCGGGACAGUCCAGCCACGUGUCUCCCAGCCCCACCACAGCCUUCCGCCGGCCCUUCAGGGAAAAGAGCCGGUCGCCUUCUCAAAACUCUCAGAAUUCCCAGCACUCCUUCGACAGCAGUAGCCCGCCAACGCCACAGUCCCAAAAGAGACACCAUCAUCGCCAACAUGGAGGCCCUGUGGUCAUGUCCGAAGCAACCAUCGUCAGUGUUCGUAAGACAGGACAAAUCUGGCCCCCUCCCUCCCACCAUGACCUCAUGCCCCAUGGAAGAGCUUCGCAUGACAACAGUUUCCAUGGAGACCACCUAGAUGGUCACUACACGUCCACCCCUCCCUCAUAUGGAUAUGACGCAGACAGGGCAGAGGAGCAGAGAAGGCACCACGACAUCUUGCCCUUCAUCGAUGACUCCCCCUCCUCUUCACCUCACCUUAGCUCCAAGAGCCGCAGCAGCCGCGACACACUGUCCUCUGGCUCUAUGGAAUCCUCCAAGUCGACGGAGUGUGACUUGGAAAAGGGUCUGGAGAUGAGGAAGUGGGUGCUGUCUGGGAUCCUGGCCAGUGAGGAGACAUACUUAAGCCACCUGGAAGCUCUGCUGUUGCCUAUGAAGCCACUGAAGGCCGCUGCCACCACCUCUCAGCCGGUGCUCACUGUGGCUCAGAUCGAGACCAUCUUCUUCAAAGUGCCUGAGCUCUACGAGAUCCACAAAGAGUUCUACGAUGGCCUGUUGCCCCGAGUGCAGCAGUGGAGCCACCACCAGAGAGUGGGAGACCUCUUCCAGAAGAUGGCGAGUCAGCUGGGAGUGUACCGGGCUUUUGUGGACAACUACGAGCUGGCAGUGGAGACGGCCGAGAAGUGCUGCCAAGCCAACGCGCAAUUUGCUGAGAUAUCUGAGAAUCUGAAGGUGAGAAGCCCAAAAGAUGGCAAAGACACGACUGCCAAGAACUCCUUAGAAGCCUUGUUGUAUAAACCAGUGGACAGAGUGACACGCAGUACACUGGUGCUUCAUGAUUUAUUAAAGCACACUCCAACAAGCCACCCUGACCACCCACUCCUCCAAGAUGCUCUACGGAUCUCCCAGAACUUCCUGUCCAGCAUCAAUGAGGAGUCUGCCCCACGGAGACAGUCAAUGAUGGUCAAGAAGGGAGAGAACAGACAGCUGCUGAAGGACAGUUUCAUGGUGGAGCUUGUAGAAGGAGCCAGGAAGCUUCGUCAUGUGUUCCUCUUCAGUGAUCUACUGCUUUGCACCAAGCUUAAGAAACAAAUUGGAGGAAAAAGCCAGCAGUACGACAGCAAGUGGUACAUCCCUCUGACAGAGCUGACAUUCCAGAGCCCGGAGGAGGCGGAGCCCCUCACCAUACCUCAGGUCCCAGACGAGGAGCUGGACGCCAUCAAGGUGAAGAUCUCCCACCUACGCAGUGAGCUGCAAAGAGAGAAGAGAGCCAACAAGGGGUCAAAGGUCAUCGAUCGUCUCAGGAAGAAGUUGUCCGAACAGGAGUCUCUGCUGCUGCUCAUGUCUCCGAGCAUGCCUCUCAGACUGUACCACAAGAACAGCAAGAGUUAUGCUUUCUUAAUGUCAUCUGACUAUGAGCGGGCAGAGUGGAGAGAGGUCCUGAAAGAGCAACAAAAGAAAUGUAUUAAAACUCCCUCAUUGUCAUCUAUGGAGCUGCAAAUGUUGACCAGCUCCUGCAUCAAACUGCAGACAGUGCAUCACAUUCCUCUGAGCAUCAACAGAGAAGAUGAUGAGUGUCCUGGUCUGAGCGGUUUCCUGAAUGUAAUCGUCCACUCUGCCUGUGGCCUCAAACAGAGCUUGAAUCUCUACUGCACUUUGGAGGUGGACUCUUUUGGCUUCUUCUCUAAUAAAGCAAAAACAAGAGUGUACCGAUACACCACUGAGCCCAAAUGGAAUGAGGAGUUUGAGAUUGACCUGGAGGGCUCUCAGACCCUGAGGCUGAUCUGCUAUGAGAAGUGCUACAACAAGACCAAGCAGAACAAAGAGGAUGGAGAGAGCACAGACCGCAUCAUGGGGAAAGGACAGCUGCCGCUUGACCCUCAGAUUCUGCAAGGCAAAGACUGGCAGAGGACAGUGAUUCCUAUGAAUGGGAUCGAGGUAAAACUGUCUAUGAAAUUCACCAGUCGGGAGUUCAGUCUGAAGAGGAUGCCCUCCCGGAAACCCAUGGGCGUGUUUGGGGUCAAACUUUCUACAGUUACCAAGCGAGAGCGUUCCAAAGUACCCUACAUAGUUCGGCAGUGUGUGGAGGAGAUCGAGAGGAGAGGGAUGGAGGAGGUUGGAAUCUACAGAGUAUCAGGAGUAGCCACUGACAUACAAGCUCUGAAAACAGCAUUUGAUACAAAUAACAAGGAUGUAUCAGUGAUGAUGAGUGAAAUGGACGUGAAUGCCAUUGCUGGGACAUUGAAGCUGUACUUCAGGGAGCUGCCAGAACCACUAUUUACUGAUGAACUCUACCCCAACUUUGCAGGCGGAAUCACGCUCACGGACAGUGUUGCCAAAGAAAGCUGUAUGCUGAACCUCCUGCUGUCACUGCCAGAGCCCAACCUAGUCACGUUCCUUUUUCUAUUGGAUCACCUCAAAAGGGUGGCAGAGAAGGAGAGCAUCAACAAGAUGUCCCUCCACAACCUGGCAACAGUGUUUGGGCCGACCUUACUGAGGCCUUCUGAGAAGGACAGCAAGAUCCCUGCCAACCCCACGCAGCCAAUCAGCAUGGGUGACAGCUGGUCCCAGGAAGUCAUGUCACAGGUCCAGGUGCUGUUAUACUUUCUGCAGCUGGAAACCAUCCCCACUCCAGACAGUAAACGGCAGAGCAUCCUCUUCUCCACAGAAGUGUGAGACCCAGGACAUCAUGUAUAAAGACACUGGCUCAAAGUGAGCUGACUGUAGGAUGUUUUAAAUUGACUCAAGACUUUGACUGGCGUCUUGAAAAAACCUUGAAGGUGCCACUGGAGCAGGAGGUCAUAGUGUAUGGUCCUCCAUGUUUGUUUCUCUUCUUACACUGCAUCACACAUUCUCUCCUGAAUGCAGUGAUAUGCUCUCCUCAUCUUUACCUUCAUCUUUAAACCUGGAAUGGUCUAUAAGCAAACAACACUAUGAAUGGGACCACAUCAAAACAAAACUCUGUUCUCAUGACCAUUAAACUGUUUUUACUUUUGGACAAUCAUUAGUGUUAAAUUAACAUCAGCGAGUUAUCUCAACCUCCAAGUCAUGUCACAAUAUACAAAUGUAUAGUUUGUUAAAAGUAAUUUCUGCAAUUUCUCUUUGGACUUUUGAAGUAGUCUUGCACAGGACUUGCCACAUUAUUGGCCUUUUCUUGUUCAUGUCAAGAAAGCCACAGGAGCACCACACCUGUCCACUCAAGUGUUUACAACGUAAACAGCGCUGGUUGGAGAAAAAGCAGUACAAGUGAAAAGCUGCUGCACACUGCACUGGGAGUCUUCACAGAUGUCACACUUAAAGGAAACAGUUUGUCUUUGUGUUGUGUUUAUGUCCUACAAUAGUCUGCAGCUUAAAUAACCAGGAAGCAAUAUAUUUUCUAACAUAUGAACAUUGAGCAUACAAUAAGUCCUUUUUCUGUAACAUAGGACAUCUUGCCAAAAUGAGUUACUUAGUAGGUGAAACAGAACAAGAUGUAUUUACAGAUACUGUAUGUACAUAAACUUUAAAGUUGUAUUCUUUACUUUUGAUUAACAAUAUACUCAUUGUUAUUAAUGUAACUUAUUUUGGGGUCCUGGGUGAAAUUAUUAUUUGUGUCUUUUUGGGUUGGAUAUGGUAGGUUUUAGCCUUGACUUCAGGUCUUGCAGUGAAAAGCAGGAUUUAGCCUUUUUAUUUUAGACACUGCUCAACUGCUCCAGCCUAUUGUUAUUGAUGGUUGAUGGUUACAUGCACUGUUACAUAGUGUAUGCUGCCAUGGAAAAGGCACAAGCUGUGUAGCAAAUGGAUGUGUGCUCAUGUCCAGAGAACUACGUAGUUUAGACAUUAUGCAAUGUCAUAAUACAGCACACACAAUAUUCUGUAUACAUUAUUGUUUAGUUCUAUGUGAGUGGUGGCUGCAGAAGUGCACUCUCUGAUGUUCAAACUACUGUUUUACUAUUCAAGUGACCUGAGCGCUUAGUAUGUCUGACCAGUGUGGAGCAAUUUUAUGAGUGAAUGAAGGAAGAUUACAUUAUGUCUUUUCUGUCUUUCUCUCUCCUGAGGGUGUCCAAUUUUAUGGCCAAAAUAUUUUUCUCUUUCUUUGUAGUUUGGUAACAUGCAGGCAUGUUUUAGAUUUUCUGUUGUCACAAAUGUGAUUUAUUACUUAAGUCUUAAAUUUUAGAGUUGUCCCUUUCUAAAGCAUUUUAGAAAAAAAGCACAGUAUAAAAGUGUCCUGGCAUCAUCUCAUAUGCUAGUCAGUAUAAGGGCUUAGUCCAUCACAUUACCAAAAGACUUAUCCUGGAUGUUUUUGUUCUCUUUGACACUAUCAAUGCUCAGAUGUAUUAGUUUAUGUUAGCGUGGCAUGUGCAUCAAAUUUUCAGAGGCCAAAGUCCUAAAAAUGGCAACAAAACCACUGUCUUACACUUACUGUAGCGUCACUUACUUGUGUUAUCUAAAGUACCUUUGUUUCAAACCCUAUUGCCUACACUACUGCGUCCUCUUGUGCCUCAACACUUUUGCUUUGCGCCUGUGACACAUUCAAGGUCAGUGAGAUUAUUGACUAUUACAACCAAGUUAUUAGUCUCUUGUUGCCUUUGCUGUGGAGACACAUACAUCUUCUAUUUGCUAAGACAGGACCUGGAAACUUAGCAUUGUCUUAGCUCAUACUGUGCUGUACACAUUCAUCUGACUGUAGCGCUGUGCUAACUGUUUUUUUGUACUCAUUAUUUUCUGUUCACUUGUAUUUAUUUUUGUUUUGAUACAGCUUGCUCAAAGAAAGUCUACUGUAUCUAUUUAUUUUAUGAAUAUUAUCAUCUGAAAACUAAAUUAAUGUUAGGGAUAUUAUGUUUUGAUCACUUUGUCAUAUUAAUAUUGUUACUACUGUCCCAAAUCAAUGACUAAUGUGUAAAACUCCAGCCCUGCUUUAGGUGUAAUGUACAAUGGACUGGCCACUGUGAUUGUUUGAUUCAGUAGGGGCAGGGUCUAUUCAAAACAUUCUCCUAUUUUCCAUAGAUUUGUAUAAUAUGUAUUAUAGAAAAGUGAAAAUUUGGUAUCCAUUCUAUUUAAUGUGGCAUCCAUUGAUUGUUGAUAAUAGAUGGAAUUGCCAAAACUUUAGUCCAAAUAAAAGUCAGUCAGUAGCCGUUGCUGGUAGAGGAGAGAGUGUCAAAUGGCAUUGUUUUGGUCUGUUGAUUGUCUGUGUAACUGCAUGUACCUUCCAUGAGAUACCACAAUAUUCACAAUCCUUCAGUACUUGGCUGAAAACAUUUAACAUUUUAGUAUGAAACAAAAUACAUAAUAAUAAUAAACUUGUCACAAUCUUUUAAUAGUGUAGUUCUCUUUUUGAGCUUCUUCACAACUUGAAAUAUUUGCUAAGUACAGUACUUUCAGGACAACAAGCUGCAGUUUAUAUCUCGCUCUGACUUUGGUUACUCUUCAGUAGUCAACGUUCUGCUAGAACUGUAAAAAGAAAAGGCAU